UAGCAGCUUGCCAGAACAAACAGUCUGAUUAAAAUAUAAUGAAAUUAUUUAAGUUUUAUGUCAAUACUAUAAAAUCAUAAGUACAUUCAACUAAAUUGUUGCAAAUGUCCACAUGUGUGAAUAAUUUUAAGUUCAAUGGCCUAAAAUCAGAAAGUUUUGGUUAUGACCACGCCUAUGUUCGUCCAUUUGGGGGUGAAGGAGCACCCUUUUACUUUGCACCUGCACGCUUUCGUCAGAUGCUGGACCAUUUGCUGGAACAUCGAAGAGUGUGGCUUCUCAAAAGUUCUCCAGCCUCUGCUCUAUGAUCUACAAUUAUUCGAGCAAAGCGGUGUUUACUUGGAGCAACUUGGGGCAAGUGUUAAAGAAAAGAAGUUGUUAAAGACAAGCCUGCAGUCAGCCAGAUGGUACAUCGAUGGCCAGCUCUUUUCACAGACAGUCAGAUUUUUCAGGAGUUCAUCAGAGUGGUGGGAAAAAGUCUCAAAGACAACUUCUUUGAUGCACUUGACAGUUUCUCUCCUGGUUUGAUGGACCUGUUUAGGAAGAAGAGAGGUCUUACUAGCCAGCUUUUGGCACCACUUCUAUGUCAGACAAAGACCACUGAGCCUACAGAUGUUAGGUGCCUUUGCAUUCGGGGGCUGCCAGUCAUCUUGGGAGAUGAUCCUUCUGCUUUCUUCAAGACUUCUUUUGAUCCAGUUGACAAGGACUUGUACAGCCAAACUGCAGUGGGGAUCCUCUGUAUUGAUGAAGAAAAUUCUCAGAUGAACCCGGCCAGAGUUGGGAUCAUCUUAGAAGGGAAUAUGGUGAUGGAUGACCUGGCCAACCUUCCUCAGGCUUUCUGCGUCCCUUUUGGACUGAUCUAUGCACUGCACCUGGAAUACCAUGAGUAUAUGAAAAACACGUUCUUCUUUGUCCAGCAGGUGAUGUUAGACCUGGGUAAAAGUGAGCUGGCACCCAAAAUUCAGACUCUGAAAAAUCAGCUCUCCAUGUGAAAAAGGGGCUCCAAGUUGUUUUAUCGUUUUUUGAAGCCAGGUGCUUAGAUUUUUCACACACACUGUUAUUGUGUAAAGGGCUUAAAUAAGGUUUUAUUAACCCAGUUAAAGCACUAAGCAAACCACAUACAGUUCAAAGUCAGGUUGUGGUUAUUCCGAUUUUUUUCUGUGAAGUUAUUCUGCAAAAUCUUUGUGAGUUGUGGAGUUUUUACAUGACUGGUGCACAUACCAGCAUCUUAGGGAUUCUAAAGUUGCUAUAUUGGUUUCCUGUCCUGUACCAUUUACAUAUUGUAUGAAUGUAGAAUUUUAGUCAGACAAAAUGUUGAAUUCUGAUCAAAAGAAAAUAAAAGGUUUUGUGAUGAUGCCAAAUAUGUAGCAUAAAGAUUACAGAAAUGUGUUUAUUAAUAAGAAGUUGCUAAAAACUGAAACUUGCAAAGUGGAAUAAAACAUAAUCGUGGAAAA